CCAUGUCACAGCAGCGGGUUCAGAGGGGAAAGGUGGCAGGAUGAAGAAAUGGCAGCCGGCACGCUGCGGUGUUGGCAGUGACCAAAAUGGCUCAUUCCUCGACAUUUCUUCACUUAGCAUGAGGACUUGAUUUAAACCCCCCAUCAUUAUUUUACCAGGAACGCGUUUGAAGACAUCAAACCAUGGCUGUACUGUACGAGAUGGCGUGGCGGGUUUUGUAUGCGCUGUUGCACCUUCAGCGCGCUCUCAUCACUUGGUUCCGAGUCCACAUCUGGAGGUGGAAACGGGCCGUGGUGGCUUUAUUAUUGACCCUCGCCCUCGGCUUUCACAAUCAGAAAAAGACUGGACCGGUGGGCAAAAGGGUCAGCCGCCGGGUGCGCUGGGGAGCGGACGGUCGGACGUUAGAGAAGGUGCCGCUUCACGUAGGAAUAUUAAUCGCUGAAGAUGAGAUCCACUACACUGACGUUGCCAAUCUGGUGGUCUGGUGCAUGGCAGUGGGCAUCUCGUACGUCAGCGUGUAUGAUAAUCAAGGUGUGUUCAGGAGGAAUAACUCCAGGCUGAUGGAGGAGAUCCUGAAACAGCAGCAGGAUUUUCUGGGAAUGGACAGUUCUAAAUACUCGGUGGAAUUCCUGAAGAACGGAACGGAUAAACAGGAGCAUCAGGGGUUGUCUUGCCAGUCAGUGGUGAAGGUUUUAUCACCAGAUGAUGGCCAGCUCAGUAUUGUCCAGGCGGCCCAGCAGCUGUGUAAGGCCGUCGAGCAGAAGGAGAAGACGUCCAAAGACAUUGAUGUCACUCUUCUUGACUCAUUACUCAGAGAGUCACACAACAGACCCGACCCAGACCUGGUGUUGAAGUUCGGCCCUGUGGAAAGUACACUUGGAUUUUUGCCCUGGCACAUUAGACUAACAGAGAUUAUCUCCUUACCGUCCCACAUCGACGUCUCUUACGACGACCUGCACGGUGCUCUCCAGCGUUACACGAGGUGCGAGCAGCGCUUGGGCAAGUGAAGAACUGUGUGUAUAGAGAAGAACAGAAUGAAGAGAAAGGGGUGGAGGGGAUCCAUCCCUUUCGUCAUGUUUACAGUACAAACACUGGAGCCCCAGAAUCAGCAACCAACUGCUGCUCGUCCCCGUCCGGAUCAUCUCCGCUCUUCUCCGCUGAGGCCUGCCUGGUGUCUCUGUGUGUAUGUGGUUGUACUUGUAUGUGUGUACAUCUGCUCAUCUGAAGGACCCGAGCGCCACCCUGUGUCACGCCAACCAGCAAGCCGGUCGCAAAACGGAGCUCCGUUAGCCAUAUGGUGUAAAUUUACUCCCUUUCCAUUUACGUAGUUCUGGACACGUGCUGUACCUUGACGGACUCGUACCAACCACUUCUGUGCACUGAACCUUAUGGUGGUGAUGUACAAUGGUACGCCCGCAUAACGUGACUCUGUGAUGUUCGCCAAGAGCCCUCGGAGGUGAAGUACGUUAUGGAACUUGCAAAAUGUGAGCAUUCCAAAAACAGUCUUUUAGUCUCUCAACUGCUUUGUGACGGUGCGACAAGAGAUUUCCCCAUUGAUGAAUCUUCUGCAUGUAGAAUCAACAUUAUGCUCCCAUUACAGCUUUACAAUUGAAGUGAAUUUGGUUAUAUUUGUGUUUAUUUGUAAUUGUUGUUUGACUGUGCGCGGGUGUGCCACAAAUGACACUAAUAAGCAUUAAACACUGAUGUUUGUAAUUCCAAGUGCGUAAAAUUGAUAGUUUCGCGUCGUCCCCCUAAAGCUCUUGCUGUUUGUAAUAGCUCACAGUGCUAAUUAUGUUUUUAUUUGAUUAUCUUUCAAUUCAGACAUCUGUUUAAACAAUAAGGUGUUUUAUUUUCCCCAAUCAAUAUCUCUAAAUCAAACACGUAUGUUUUAUAUUGACAUUCUUUGAGAUCCAUGGCAUUGGCUUUGCAUUAUGCACGCAUCACAACGGCUCAUUGAAGAAGUCUUAAAUGUAUAAUUCGUGGCUUACUGUUGGCAGGGUUGGUUUACUGGCGUCCAGCGUGCAUGUACAAUAAACGUUACUGAAACCUAGUUUGCGUCUCUUGUAUGAGAAUGGCAAUGAUUUUUCUGCAGUGGAGUCAAAUCCAAAGGGAAUUAAUUUUCUAGUGCAAUUUCACUCUCAUACUUCUGGUGUUUUAACUGAUGUGUGUUUUUAUGUUGUCAGCAUCUUUUAACAUCGGUCCUUAAAGGCCCAGUGUAUGAAAUUUAGCGGCAUCUAGUGAUGAGGUUACGAAUUGCAGUCAGCAGCUCACUCCAUCGCUCACCCCUCCCUUUCGAUGCACGACGGUGGCUGACGCAGGACUAGGAUGUUGUCACGUUUUUGCUGCUUUGCCAAAGAAGAGCAGUUUGUCCGUUUAGGGCUACUGUAGAAACAACAUGGUGGAUUCCAUGCAAGGGGACCCGCGGUAUAUGCAGAUAGAAAUAGCUCAUUCUAAGUGAAUUAAAACAUAAUGUAAUCACUAUGUCUUUAUACAGAAGACACAGUUAUGUAUACUGCAUAUUACACCCUAUAUUAUAUAUUAUAUUGCAUUUCUGUCGAUAGAUCCUCCAAAACAUUUACACGUUGGACCUUUAAUCAGAUCAUAUACGCAUAAAGGGCCUUGUGUAGCAAGUCUUCAUCAUUAUUUCUUUACAAUCAUUUUCAUCCAUAAGGACUGCAUGUUAAGAUAAUAAUUUGCCAACCAAGUCAUCCAGAGGGUCCAGCCAAAGACAAAAAAGCAUAAAACAGAAAGGGCAUAAAAAAGAAAAAACAAACAAAGCUGUCUGCCCUAGAUAAGCAGUCUGUUAUAAACUCAGAUGAUGUUCGUUAUAAUUGGAACAUCAAAACCAGUAAAGGAUGGAGGGUGUCCGACACACCGCCUAUUCUUAUAAAAAGCAUCAAUGCCCAAAAACAUCAGAAGUAGGUCAUACAUAUAGGUCAGAGGUGUUAGAAACAUAUGGUUCAAGAAUGGUCAUUGUGUCUUUAGGCUUUAUUGUCAAUAUUUUUUUCACAUAAUGUUAACAUAGGCCUAUAUAUUUAAAUUAAUUUCUCAUGAAAU